AGACGCAGAACAAGAGAGGAAGGGUUAGAGGACGCAUGGAAGUUUUAGACCGGUGAUCACGGUAGGUGAUGCGGAGAAGAUCUGGGGAUUCGUCCAGCUCCUUCGAGAACAAGGACAUUCCUCAGCACGCAACUGAAAAGUGAGAUAAUAUCUGGAUCCCUUCCCGCAGAGAAUUUGGCUGGGUACUUUUUCUGCGCACGUAUAAAAUGAAAGUUCGCAAUCCGAGGAACGUUUCGCGAAGAGGCACUUGUCUUAUUUGCUUCACAUAACAUAUGGAGUUAAGCUAAUGCCUAGAAAAAAUCUUCAGGUCAAGGAGCAUGCAGGUGGCUUGUUCGCCACCUAACCAAUCCGGACUCUGAUUCCAUGAGGAGAUAAUAAUUUGGAGGGAAUUCUUUGGAAAAUCUUGUGCUUACACAAACGCAAGUGCAUCACUUGAACUCGAACGUCCCAUCACCCUCGGACCAGAGGGAGUCUGUGACAAUGCUGGACGAGCGCACGGAAAAAACAAAAGCACAACUUUCCAAAGCAGAAUGGCUAGCAAUAGCGUCUCGUCCACGCCGGAGCUCAACCAAACAGGGAGCGAGGAUUGGGAAUCGCAGCAGCCCGGAGAACCACUCCAGUGGGCUGCGCUGCUCAUUGUUCUGGUCAUCGUCCCCACCAUUGGAGGAAACAUCCUGGUCAUUCUGGCGGUAUCAUUGGAGAGAAAACUCCAGAACGCCACUAACUUCUUCCUGAUGUCCCUGGCCGUGGCCGAUCUGCUCGUGGGACUGCUAGUCAUGCCCAUCGCUCUGGUGACUGUGCUAUUUCACUCCAGAUGGCCCCUUCCAGAUUUCCUGUGCCCUAUCUGGCUGUUCCUGGAUGUCUUGUUUUCAACGGCCUCCAUCAUGCACCUGUGUGCCAUCUCCCUCGACCGCUACAUUGCGAUCAAGAAACCAAUCCAGCACAGCCAGUUCAAAUCCAGAGCUAAAGUGCUGGCUAAAAUCGCACUUGUCUGGCUUAUCUCUAUAGGUAUUGCAAUACCCAUUCCAAUCAAAGGGCUACAAGUCUUCGACCAUCCAAACAACAUCACCUUCAACAAGAACCACACCUGUCUGUUGUCACCAGAAGGUUUUAGGGACUUCAAAGUGUAUGGGUCUUUGACAGCUUUCUUUAUACCACUCACGAUUAUGAUGAUUAUCUACUUGCUGACAACCCAAGUAUUGCGCAAGAAGGCCUAUCUUUUGAGAUCGAGAGUUGCAAGGCCCAGCAUUUCCACAGUCUUCCACCAGGAGUUGCCGGUUCUCUCAUCGCCAGAGAAAGUAGUCAUUGCAAAUGGAAUAAAAAGGGACCGAUCACUGCAUCCCGUCACAGGGGAUGAGGUCCCCCUCCGCAGGAUGUCCACCAUAGGAAAGAGGUCCAUGCAAAACUUGAGCAAUGAACAAAGGGCAUCAAAGGUUUUAGGGAUUGUAUUCAUGUUGUUUGUUGUGAUGUGGUGUCCUUUCUUCAUUACCAAUGUGACUACUGUACUCUGUCAUGAGUGCAACAGUAACCUAUUGGAACAGCUGUUGGAUAUCUUUCAAUGGGUAGGUUAUGUUUCAUCGGGAAUCAACCCGCUGGUUUAUACCCUGUUCAACAGGACAUUCAGGCAGGCCUUCAGGCGCUACAUCACAUGUAACUACAGACGUGUAAGGACUCCAAAAACGCAACGGAGAAGCAGAAUUUCUUUCCAGACAUCGGGGACCAAAAACUCAAAACGGUUUACAAAACACGGUAUGCAGAACGGCAUCAGCCCCGCAAGUUAUCAGAGUCCCCUUCGACGGCGUCCCACACACCUGCAGACCUCUGCAAACAUCACGCUGGACACAUUGCUUCUGACAGACAAUGAAGACUGCAAACCUGAUGAACACAUAAGCCAUGUGUAGUACAUCUUCGGAUAAGAUAAGAUAGAGAUGUGCCAGUCGUUCAGAGCCAAAACUCCACGAGUUCUCAUGAGUACCAAUGAGAUACGGUCUAAAAUGGUUAAAAAAAAACUGACCUUCUGUUCCUUUGAAUGGUGAGGGGUUUGCAUUGCCGCAAAUGUAACACUUUACAAUUCAGGUACAAUUCUCACCAUUAACUACAACUUUUGCAAUAAACUCCUAAUUCGCUAAUUAUCAAUAGUCAGCAAGGUAGUUGUUAAGUUUAGAUAUUAGACAGGAUUUGGGAUGUGGAAUAUAGUCACACAGAAUGUGUGUUUUAUAAGCACUAAUAAACAAAUCAAUAUAUAUUAAUAGACAUGAUAAUGAGGAACUAGUUAAUAGUGAGAAUUUGUCCCUUUACUAAAGCGUUACCUAAUACUCAAAUCCUUGGAUUGGAAAUUAAGAUUAAUGUCUGAGAACCCUGAAAAGACACAAAUAGCUUUGGGGUGGGAAAAUCAUUAUCAGCGUAAUAAAAAAAGAUUUUGCAUAUCCCAAAGUUAGUAGAAAGGAUUUACAAUGUGAAGCCAAAAUAAGAUAUCUUCUCAAUAUAAGCACAAGUCUCAAAUAAAUUACAUCUCCACUUACCUUCUGUAUACAAUGAAGAAAAAUAUGAAAUGCUUCACUAAAUUAUGGCAGGUCUUAUUUACUUUUGUAGACUAAUCUUGAAUCAAAAAUGCCUUUGAACAUGUAUGAAGUAACUUCAUAGUACUGAGAUUCUUCUGAACUAUUGCCAAAUAAACUUUCUUCCAGAUAAAA